AUGCGUUUCGCUCUCGCCAUUGCGGUCUUCAUUGCCGCUACUUCUGCCGCCCCGGCCAGCAAGCCUAAAGUGGAAGAUGCUAUCGCCUACGCCGAAUCCUACAAGGAACGCUACAAGCGAUUGCCUGACGCCGAUGCCGAAGCUGAGGUUGCGUAUCCGGAGGCUUACAAGGAGAGAUAUUGA